GUACACUAUGAAACUGUUUAUGUCCGGUUGGUGAAUACAUUUUUUGCUGAAUCCCAAACGGCACAGAGCAUUUCAUAAACAUUGUUUAAAAAGAAACCAGUGUAUGAGGAAACAUGCCGGAUGAGCUGCCAGAUUAUGGUCAAGAGGGGAAAUCUUUCAUUGUUGUCCUCCCGCAGACACUUGUCCAGUUCAAUGCUAUCCUCGUGGAAACAAGUCUCAGUGCUGAUGAUCAGCUGCAACAGUUUUUUCAAAUUUAUCAAUGUAUAAAGACAACUUUGACAGUAAACAGGCCAAAAAAGACGCUGAGUAAUCUUCACUACUUCUUGUCCCAACUGGAAGAGUUUAAGAAAUAUAUGCUAACAUUUACAAAGAAACCUAAAGGUUUUGUGUCAUCUUCUUCACAGUCUGUCCACCGGCACACUCGAUCAGAGGCUAGAAAACAUCUAACAAUCACAUAUAUCCCAAAGACACCAACAGCAGAUUCAUCUAGUGUUCACACUGAAAAUGAUAGUCUGUGUAAUAAUGCUGCAGGUAAUACCUCUGAUGAUGAUGAGUUGGAGAGCCCAAAGAAAAAUCAAGAUAAUUCAUUCUUAUCUACACUUGAUGAUGGGUCACCAGACAAAGCAGAUGAUACAAACCCUGAAGAAUCCACAAACCAAACUUCAUGUUUGAGUGAAACUGUCAAAGCCACACAAAAAUGUAGUGUAACAAAUGAGACCAGAUCAAACAUACAUGACAAAACAUUUAAGAGACUAAGCCACAAAAAAAAAGUGUCAAAAGAACUACCAACAGAAUGUUUGACUGAAGAAAAGCCACCAGUUUCUGCAAAUGAAAAGAGAGAAAAGAAAACACAUAUUUUAUCGAUUAAAAACAAAGAAAAGCAGAAGAGGAAAAUGGUGACAAGUAUUGAAAGUGAUGGUUCUACCACCAGUAAACAAGUUGUGGAAAAAGCAAACUAUAUGAAGCACUUGGGCAAGUACCGAUGUAGUUUAUGCAGCUACUGCACAACUAGGAAGUAUGACAUCAACACUCACUGCCAAAAGCACAAACAGAGAAGUUAUACCUGCAAAGACUGUGUGAUUACAUUUGAAACUAGACAGGCCCUACAGCGCCACCUCAAUCUGAACCAUAAACAGCAGGCAUUUGCCUUCCCAUGCCCUGUCUGCAGCAAUGUGUUUGGCUACAAGUCUGAGCUGGAAGAGCACAUGUUGGAUCAUCCUGGCAGCUGGUUGCACCAUUGUCCCAAGUGUGACAAAGGAUUCUCAAAGCAAGAGUACUUGACUCAGCAUUUGAAGAGAUGUGGUCGACAGCGUUUUACUGAAAAUAAUGAGUAUGGAAAGCAAGGCAAACUGUUUUUCUGUAAGCUGUGCAGUUAUAAAACUGAAUGGAGCACAAGCAUCAAACGGCACAGGUUUACACACACUGUAGUUGGCAAACCUACUUGUGAAAUCUGCAGCAAGAGUUACUGCUGUGAAGGUGACCUCAGAGACCACAUGAAUGUUGCUCAUUCCAAUGCAAAGUUUUUGUGCUAUCAGUGUGGAAAGGAGUUCUCAUGUCGAUCCAGUCUUCUACGUCACACACAGGUCACCCAUGAACUCAGAUACAAGUACAAGUGUGAAGUAUGUUCACAACAGUUCACGGACAGGCGCAAAAUGGCAGAUCAUAUGGACAAACACACAGGUGCUCGCAACCAUGUUUGUCAUAUUUGUGGCAUGGCAUAUCGCUACAGACCACGGUUGGCUGUUCAUCUAAGGAGGCAUCAAAACCCUGAACCGUUGCAGUGUGAAUAUUGCAAAAAGACCUUCAAAAAUUCAGAUACUUUAAGGGUGCACAUUAUGGGAAAACAUUUGGACCGUAAGUAUCCUUGUCCUUACUGUGGCAAGGAUUUCAUUUGGCACAAAUCCAUGUCACAUCACAAAAAGAGAUGUCGAUCACGUCCUCCUGAUUUUUCAAGUGAAGAUACUGAACUAAAAGUGGAUGCACCUCUUCCCCAGGCUGCAAGACCAAAUGAAGAUGAAGAAGAGAUGUUGGACGAACGAAUGGCAACAGAUAUGGUUAUACAAGCAGCAGCUGAGGCUAUCAAAGCUGAAGCACCACCUACUAGUAACCCAUGGAAAGUAUAUCGAAUUCCAACAUACAGUUCCAAUGCACAUGCUGAAAUAACAGUAUCCAAUUUGUCAGGAUUACCCAUCUCUAACCUGUCAAGUAUUCCCAUGUCUCACUUGCCAAACAUUAGCUUAAACAGUACAUCUGUGUCAAACUUCAUAAACUUAUCAGAUGUUUCAGGGUCUAAUAUACAUGUAUCAGUACAAGGUUUAUCCAGUCUGCCAGUGGCUACUUUCUCUAACUUGCAUGUGUCAAGCAUAGCAGAACAACCUGUGGUAGGCAUUCCUAAUGGGCAAACUGCUACUACGUCAAAUUUGACAAUGUCAAACCUGUCCAAUUUACCAGUUUCAACCAUGUCAAAUGAAACCAUUACAACACUGUCUAAUGUACCUGUGUCAUCUCUAUCAAGUGUACCAAUUCAUAUGUCAAACCUGUCAAAGGUGCCAGUCACAAAUGUGUCCCACAUGCAUAUGAGCUUAACUCAGCCAUCUUUGAACAAUAUUGUAAAUGAUGGACUGCCGAAUGAAUGGAAAGUUGAUUCAACACAGGUUCCUGUUUAUGUCAAAGAUUAUUAAUAUAUUAAUGUCUGUAUUUCAAGUGUUGCUACUAUAUAUUUUCUAUGAGAUGUAACAUUUAUUAAUAUCAAAUUUAAAACAUCAUGAAAAUCAUGAAUGUGGCUAACCUGCAAACAGAAUACCUUUGUUGAAUUCACAAAAACAUAAUUUAAAAAAUGCACAAAUUAAGACAAGACAAGUAGGCAUAAAAAAUACACAAUUUGUUGAUUGAUUACGAUAGUAAAUUGAACAAAAUAAAACACUUUCAUCAAAUCAAUCGUACAUUACAGUGCACGUGCACAGAAACAAUUCCUGUUAAAGGGACAGACCCUAGUUUCAACCCAUGAAAAUUAACACUAAGUUUAGUUAAUUUACAAACCUGUAACACAUUUGGAUAAAGUUACAGUUGAGAGGAACAUGAGUCUAUG